AUAGAGUAUGCAACUCUCAACUUUAGUUUCUAUUGAAGCGGUAUAUGAUGCUAUCAAAACCAAUCUCUGUGUAGAUAAGCCAUCAGCGAUCUCUGCCCACAGGAGGCACCAUGCCUGUCAUCUGCUCCCUCCCCUCAUGACAUCCAGCGCUGCAAUUGCUGUGACACAGAUGUGCAUCCAAAUUGAGUUGGAGAAGAGACAAGAAAGCCGCUGCUGUUUUUUGCGCACCUGCCUUGGUGCUGAUUUUCCUUGCCAUGCAGGUGGCAGAGCAAGAAAUAGAAGGGAUAUGCAGACCUACUCAUGCGCUGUGGAUGGGAGGGUUGGGCACUGGCCAGGCUAGGUGAAACACUGCUACCCUUCGAAAUCGUGACGGUAUUUAAAAGCAGGGCAAGAGGGCCUUGCAAAUUC